ACCUAGUUUGUCAGUGCGACAUUGACACAUUCAAUAUUUUAAGUCGGAAAUCGUAAAAUAUUAAGACACGUGGGUUAUUUAUUAUAUAAAUAAAUGUAACAUAAAAUAUGAGUAUCGAAAAUAAUACAGAAUCAAAGGUAUUGUCCAUUUUGGAUACAAUAAAGAAGGAUCAGAAAAAUGAAGAAAAUACAACGGAUAAUUUAAUGAAAUCUAAACCUAAAACAAAAGGUUUAAAAAAGAAGUCGGAAUCCAACGAAAUAAGAAGCAUCCCUAAAUCAGGGCGAUUUUGGAAAACGAAAAAAGAAAGGUUUAAUUCCAUAGUAAAAACAAAAGGUAUAAGAUUGGAUUUUCAAAAAAAGACAGCACUGCGCUUAGAAUUACAACGCACAAAAGAGUUAUCUCGGCAAAUCACACAACAAAUACAAGAAAAAGAAGAAGCGCGUAAACAAAGAAGACGCGAAAAUAUCAAGCGUGCAGAGGAGAAUAAGAGAAAGUCUGAAGUAGUUCAAGUUAUUACAAAUACUAAGAAACUAAAAAGGAUGAAGAAAAAGCAAUUAAGAUUCAUUGAGAAAAGGGAUACAAAUAAAGAAGUUUCUUCAAAUAAAUAGACAAAAUUA